ACAUUACAAAAGCUCAACGAAAAAUUGUUAUUUUUUUCUAGAAAAAAGUUCUCAAAAAAGAACUGUCAAAAAUCAUACUGUAAAAAAAAUAACAAAAUACACUCAAUCCACAUUCGACUUUAUAUAGUGCAGUGCAACAGAACAGAACAACCACAAGAAGAGAAAAAAAAAGUGAUUGCAAUUUUAUAAAGAAACACAAAAAAAAUUGUUAUUUCCAUGAAAAUAAAACGCAAAUGAGUAACAAUUCUUGAUAAAUUAUAAAAAAGAAGAUGAAAUUCUUGGCAAAUUUAAUGUGAAAUUAAUGAAAACAAAGGAAAACCCUGAUUUGGGAAUUCAAAAGGAGUUUGCAAUUGAGUUGGUGAAGUAGCUAAAAAAAAAACAUAUUUUGGACUUCCAGACAAGAAGGCAUUUUAUUAUGAGCAAAUACAACUGAGUUGGAAGAAUUAGCAAAGCAAAGCUGAACAUAAAUAGAAAAAAAAUAAAACAAAAAAGGAAAUAAUUUUAGCUGUUCUGGUUGUUUAUCGGAUUUUCGAGUGUAUUUUCCACAUCACAUCAGUGUCAGUGUCCGGGUGGUGUAUCUAUUUUCAGAUCUUAUCAUCAUCACACUCUCAUUAUCGGUGAAAUUUCUCACCGCUAAAAAACGAAUAUACAAUAUUACUACAAACAUGGUGAAGACAUUUCAAGCCUACCUCCCAUCGACAAAUCGAACGUAUUCCUGUGUUCACUGCCGUGCCCAUUUGGCCAGUCACGAUGAGCUUAUAUCAAAAUCAUUUCAAGGCAGCCAAGGUCCAGCAUAUCUUUUCAAUUCCGUUGUCAAUGUUGCAUGUGGCCAAACCGAGGAGCGCGUCCUUCUCACUGGACUACACGCAGUCGCCGACAUCUAUUGCGAGUGCUGUAAAACACCACUUGGCUGGAAAUACGAACACGCCUUCGAGUCUAGCCAAAAGUACAAAGAAGGCAAAUACAUAAUAGAAUUAGCUCAUAUGAUCAAAGAGAAUGGUUGGGAUUGAUUUGGCCCUGUGCGACGAAUCUACAAAGUAUCUAUAUUUUUUUAAAAACGAAAUUAAAAAUAUUUGUAAAUUUGUAACUCUCUUUCGGACCAAAAACAAAUGACAAAAUCGAGAUGACGAUUUCUUUUUUGCGAAUGGAGCAAAUUUUAAGGCUUACAAAUUAGCUUGUUUCAUAUUAUAAUAAUAUUAUAUUGAGGAGGAGCUAAAAAACCACCAACAACAAUAAAAAACAACAACAACAGUAUAACCACCAUAAACAUAAAAAAAAAUAAAACCACAUCACACACACAUACACACUCAUUUAGAAAGAAAGAAAAACAGUUGAUUCCUAACCCGAGCAUUUGCACCAAAAAAAGAAGUUAAACGACAUCGUCUAAUAAAAUUGCGGCUUGUUCCUCUUCCUUUACUUUUAUAUUUCCAACAUAUUUUUCAUUAUCUCUUAAUCAAGCGAAAGUCUUUAAAGAGAAUAAUUAUGAUACAUCGAUUAAGCUUUUAAUUUAUGAAAUUGCUACCAGAUGGCGCUUAAUGAGAGUUUUGUAUUUAAAAACCAAACAAAAAAAAAAAAUCUUAAAGUAAUUUAUAAUCUAUCAAAAAUCCUUGGAGAAAUACGAGAAUUUAUAGAGACUGGAAUGGAAUUGAGGAAUAAAAGAGAGUGAGAGAGGUGAAGAGAAACGCAAAUUAAAAACGAAGAGGGAAUGAAGGAUUUUUAUCAUUAACAUUAAAAAUAAAAAAAAAACCUUAUCUUUAGCUACUAAUAACCAAUAAACUGCCACUGAGCAUGUGAUGUUCUUUUAAAAAAAACAUAUAAUCGACAAAAAAGAACACAUGAAUAAUUUUAAAAUUAUUUAAGCGACUGGAAGAGCUAAGAAGAGCGAACAUCAUUGCCAUUCUUUUGUACAUAAGAAACAAAAAAAAACCAUACAACUGUAUUACAUUGCUAAUUUAUUUCUCUAAAAAUUAUCCCAGAGAAUGCAUUAAUGUGAUAUUUCAAAUAUAAAAAAAAAUAAAAAAAAUGUAAAAUUAGAAAAAAAAAAAAACAGAAGACACUCGCUAAAAGUGCUUCGCGCGAUAGCUAGAUUUUUCUCUCUUUUGUGUUACUUUAAGAGCUCUACUCUCUUUUCAACGAAACUUGUGUUUCGAUAUUGCUUAAAUUCGUUCAUUUUUUUUUUAUUUUAUUAAAAAAAAGAAAACUUUACAACAAUCAAUGAAAUGAAACAAUGCAAAUUCAGUUCUCAAUCACUGAAAUAUAAAAAAAUGGAGUUAAGAGCGAGAGAGAAAACCAAGUUUAAAGCUCUAGAGAACAAAGGGAGGAAAGAGUUAAGCGCUCUGAUAAGAAAGCAGAUUUAACAUCAAAAUGACAAGAAAAACAAAAACAAAAUUAAUAAACAAAACACAAAACAUUUACAUUGCAUUAAAAAAAAAAAUAAAAA